AGGGUAACAUUUGGGAAGUAUUGGAAGCCUCGAGGUCUUCUCAAAAUAGGAACGCGAAAGAUCGAAUGUUGAGGUUCCGAAAUUUCUUCUGCCGAUCGAAGCUCGUCGCCACCCUUAUCUGGAUCUCCGUUUCCGUCCUUGUCUACCUCGCGUUUCGAAUCUCCCUGGAGAGCUCCGAUCCCUCCCGGGCGCUCGUCACAUCCUCCGAUUCCGAGUCUAGGAUGUCGAUCUUGGAGCGGCGGAAGAUUUUGUAUGAUAAGAUGGCUAAGGACUUGGAUGAGCACGGCGCAGCAUUCUUGAAGCACGGAGAGACUUCACAGUCACUGUCAAUUUCAGAUCUAUUUGAGCAGAAAAAUGAUUCUGUUACUCCGGUGCUGAAGAUGGCGGACCCUCCUGUUCGGGCAACGGUGCUUCACUUGAACAGUGAACACUCAAUACCAAUUUCGGAAGCAGUUAGAGAGAUAUUUCUUCCCUAUUUUAACGGAGUUAUCUGGUUUCAAAAUGUGAGCAUAUACCACUCGAGCAUGUUUCACGCAUCCCAUCAUAUCACACCUGUAACUGCAACCGAUGAUGAGAUUGAAGAUGAGGCAAACACUGUAAGAGGUGUUGCAGAAGUUCUGUGCCCUCUGAAAAUUGUCUUGGAUAGAGUCGUGUUGACAUCGACAGGUGUGCUACUGGGAUGCUGGCAGGUGACCUCUGGUACUGAUCCCGCUGUUAUUCGGGCUAAACUGAGAGACGCCCUUCCACGUGCACCUAAAAAGCAACUGUAUGAUUCCGUUCUACUUCAUACUUCAUUUGCAAGACUUCUUGGACGUCCUAAAAUCUUAUUGGAGAAGCUGGAAACACCUUCUAAUCAACUCCAGUUGUUUCAUGAGCUUGUUUCGCAGCUUAACAAGAAGCUUCAAGGUUUUGAGGCGACCAUGUCCGAGCUCUGGUUUGUGGAAGAAUAUGAUGUGCUGGCACUGGCAUUGAAUGGAAGAAUGAAGACAAGGAGAUUUCCUCUUAGUUGCACAGGAAAUUAAGCCUAUUGAAGGAGACGGUAAAAGUCAGUCUAUUGAAUUAUGGGUACACAUGGAAUGGAGGGAGGUGAUGAAGAUCUUUUGCGAUGACCCAAGGCAAGUCAAGCAGGGGGUAGGCAAGUCUAUUGCAUUAUCGUUGGGCCAUUCCUUUGGUCUAACUUUACAUGUUUGGCCACAUAUAUUAACAGUACAUCUAACACUUUCCCUGUAACUCCUUUUUCUUUUAUUUUGAUCAACGUACUAUCCUGCUUUACCGUCUGCCUCUACGUGUAGGCUUUCAUUGGAUAUGAAUAGAUGGAUCCGGAAAUAGACUUAUUUUUCGUA